GUGGAGUGAAUGAGGAAGUCCUGGAUGUGUUUACCGUCAGGAGCUUUAAAUGCAGUGAAAGCAGUGAAGUUCAGCACACACACAUCUGAGCUGCAAACAUGAAGCGGCUGCUGGGUCUGUGUUCGGCUCUGCUGCUGCUGCUGUUAGUGACCGGAAGCUGCUCCGCGCAGAAGCCGCGUCGAUGCCGAACUCCACCGCUGCUGUCCGGCAGUCUGGGCGUGAGCGCUCGAGACGGGCAGGACUGGGCGGUUGCCAAAUAUCGCUAUGAUGCCUUCGGCCAGCGCAUCCGUUUAUGGGAGUUUGGUCAAGUCCAGAGCAAAUCGUUCCAUGUGAAUAUGCUGUUCCUGUUUCGCAAGGGUGUUGCAUACACCAUCGACUACAAGAACAAGACGUGUCAGAAGAAUCCCCUCCACACCGCGUUCCACCCCUCACAGAUUCCCCAUAAUGCCUCACUGCUGUCGCAGGUGGUUCUGGGAGGAUCGUCAGGGCCUGGUGAAGGUCUGUUGGUCAACACCUGGACGGGAAACGUACCUGAGACUGGAGGUAAAUAUCUGGCCACAGUCACGGAGUUCGGCUGCUUGCCGGUGUCGACGCUUUACUACACCGCACAGUCUGGUUGGAUCACCACAACCUAUUUUAAUGCGGUGAAGGGGAUCGAGGACCCGGAGCAGUUCAUUCCUCCUCCGUUCUGCUCCGACGUAGAGACUGAAGACGAGACGCUUGAUUUCUUCAGCGCCUUCCUCUGAGGAAUCAUGCUGUUUAACAUGCUGUAACUCUGGAAUCACGUUUUCUGAUGAUUUUAACACUCUGAACCAAUGAAUGUUUUCAAAAUGCUUUUGUUAACUGUUUCUUUUUAAAUGCUGUUGCUGCUCUUUGUAAUACAAUCAAAUGCACUUUAAUCAUUUAUAAAAGGUCAAAAAUAAAUUGUUUUUUUUUCUUAAACACUAAA